GAAAUAACAGAAGCGACCAUCACGCGGCAAAAACUUACUACUGAGCAGACGUUAGAAACGAUCGUGGUGAUGGUGUGAGCUUUCUGCUGUCAUGAGCGCUCUGUUUGCGUGUGAGGAGCCAGGCGCAUGGAGGAAAGUGUAUGAGAAAUACUGGGAUGUAGUGGAGGCCAAGGCCAAAGUCAAGAAACCUGGGAAGCUGCUGGACCUUGAGCGGUGGUACCAACAGGAGCUGCCCUCACUGAUUUCAAGUCGGCCUGACAAACACGUCUCUCUAUCAGAGCUAAAGAAACUGAUGGAGUGGAAGCUCACUAGAGGGAAGUUCAGGCCGAGGCUGCAGCAGCUGGUGGCUUCCAACAGCGAGGACGAAGUGGAGAAAUGUUCCAGAAAGGCCUUCAGCCUUCUGCCUGACGUGCAGGCCGCCAUCGCAGAGCUCAGCUGCCUGAAAGGAGUCGGUCCAGCCACUGCUUCAGCUGUGUUAGCAGCGGGAGCUCCAGAACAGGCUGCGUUCAUGUCUGAUGAAGCCAUGGAGAGCGUACCGGGACUGAAGCCCAUCCAGUACACCGCCAAGCACUACACAGUGUACCUGGAAAAGAUGACUGAGAGGACCGAAAAACUAAACAGAGUGGAUCCGCUGCAGGACUGGACGCCCCACAGGCUGGAGCUGUGUUUGUGGGCGAUGAGCAUAGCCACACAGCUGCAGCUCCAACUUCUAAAGGACAUCGAUGUGAGGGGGAGCGCAGCGGGGAAGAAGUGCUCCGACAGUGAAGCUGACCAGAGACCAACAAAGAAACUCAAAUCUGCAUAAAACCGAACAUUUUACAUGAAUGCCGAUUUAAAAUUUGUAGUUUUUUCCUUUUUCCAAAAUGAUAAUAAAACCUUUUUG